AUGCAUGUGGUUUGCCCAUGGCACAAUGCAGCCUUCGAUAUUCGGACCGGGCAGCCUGUGCGCGGUGCUGGCUUACAGGCCAUACCUACGUACACCGUCGCGGUAGAGUCAGACGACGUUAUCGUGGACCUGCCACGGAAUAUGGAUGAUUUUGUUGCGCCGGUCAUGGCGCAGCGGGACAGCCAAGACACUCGGGUGUUCCUGGUUGUGGGUGGUGGAGCCGCCGGGGUAGCUGCAGCGGAUGCCUUGCGACAAGAAGGAUACACAGGGCGCAUCGUCUUGAUAACCGAAGAAAGACACCUGCCCUACGACAGGCCCGUGCUUUCCAAGAACCUGGGCAAAGCCUCCGACCCCGGCUCUUUGAGCCUUCGGGAUCAAGAGUAUUUCGACAAGCAUGAGAUUGAGAUCAGACGCUCCGCCAAGGUGGAGAAACUAGAUGCUGCAACGAAGACGCUCCGGCUUUCAAGCGGGCAGACUGUAGAGUACGACGCCGCGGUGGUGGCGACAGGUGCCAGGCCUCGAGAGCUUCCCAUCAAGGGUGGCGCUUUGCCAGGAGUUCUGGGGCUACGAACUCCGGAAGAUGCCCAGCGCAUUGCUGCCGCCUGCUCCUCCGACAAGAAGACUGUGGUGAUCGGGUCAUCCUUCAUCGGAAUGGAACUGGCCGCUACCUUGCGGCGGCGUGGCUGCGAAGUCACCGUGCUUGGGAUGGAGCAGGUGCCCUUCGAGCGAGUACUGGGGACCCGCCUGGGCAUUGUUCUGAAGGACUUCUUCGAAUCAAAGGGAGUCAAGUUCAUGGGCGGCAAGGUGGCAGCAGAGAUCAAGCAAAACGGCUCCUCCCUACAAGUCUCGCUGAAAACCGGAGAGGUGUUGACCUGUGACUCCAUCGUCGUCGGGGUAGGGGUGGUUCCUAAUGCAGAUUUCGUGGACGGCGUGCGUCGUGCGCGGGACGGCUCGCUGGUGACGGAUGAUUGCCUGAAGACCAGCGCAGAGGGCCUCUACGCUGCCGGAGACGUUUGCACUUACGAGACGCCGGGCGGAUCCAUGCGGGUAGAGCACUGGGAUGUUGCGACCAGCCAGGGACGGAUUGCUGCGAAGAACAUGCUCGGCAAAGCCGAAAAGUUCGAUCAGACCCCCUUCUUCUGGACAUCUCUUUUCGGUAAAAACCUGAGGUACGUUGGUCAUUGCACGGAGUUUGACGAGCUGGUGGUCGAUGGCGAUCUGAAGAAGCUGAAUUUCGUCGCUUAUUACUGCCUGAAAAACGAAGUCAAGGCGGUCGCGACCAUGUCUAGAGACCCCGUGGCGGUGGUCGUCGGCGAGCUGAUGCGCAUGAAGCGGAUGCCUCCUAUCCAUGAAUUGAAGUCCGGGAAAGUCUCCACUGCUACAUUGGCCCUGGAGCUGAAAAAGACGAAGUAG